GUUACAGUUUUCAGCUGUAAAACAUAACUUAUUAGAAAAUUGUGAGUUUCACAACGUGUCCAAGCUUCCGCGCCACCUGAAAUAUAUUCUUUAGAACACUAUUGUACAACAAUUGUAAACGGAAAUCUCGUGUGAUCGUGACUACUUAAAAUUUCAUGUUUGUUUAAUUGUGAGAUUGUUUGAAAUCAAAACGUUACAAGAACAAUACGGUGCGAACGUAAUCUGUAAUGUCCACUUUUUGCUGCUUAAAGUCUAUCGAUCGUGUCGUAUAUCGCGUGACUAAGUGUCAACAACAACCACAAAAGAAGUAUCAACUACUCUUAAACAGGCUAUAAGAAUUUGCAUUGAGCAUAAACAGACUUCUCAGAAAGCAUUAAGAAAAAAUAAAAUAAAACAAAAAAUACAACAACAAAAGAACUUUUUCCCAAAAAGCAACGUUAAUUCCAACGAAUGUCAUAUAAAUUGCCAACAUUGCAAACGCAUAUCAGUGUCGAGUUAAUCACCAAGCAACAGCUUAAGGCGCUAAUCCAGUAAAGCACACAUACGCACACACAUAAAUUGAAUUAUUUCGAAGUUUUGUGAAAUAGCGACAUAACGAGUCCCAUUAGCGAUUCCAGAGCGUGCAUAGGAACGGCAGCAAAAUCUCGUUAACAGCGCGAAGAUACUUUGCCAAAACGGAGUCCAUACGAGGACCUAUGUCAUCACAAAGCUAUCAAUUGUUAUUAUUGAAAAUCAAUUCAAAACUCCAAUCAAGGACUCAACAUAAUCUAGAGGUGAUAAAUUCAUUCAUAACGUAACACGAGCACAGUUGAUUUGCGAGUUUCACAACGUCAAGAAAGUGAACAUACAAAUUAGCUGCUGCCCGCCUGCCAAACAUAGAGAAAAGAUAAUUAAUUAGCGAGUGAGAAAACUCAAUUUUGGUGGAAUCCAAGAAAGAAAAAACGUAUCCUGAACGUGUAAUCACGACGACCACAACGACAACAACGAAAAUUUAUCCUUGAAGAGAAACUUUUGUUUACCGCAAUCAUUCAUAACCGAAGGAAAAAGAAGAAAAUCAAUAAAAUGAAUAUAAACACAUUAUUAAUAGCACAGCUUGUGCUUUUCGCCGCCUGCAUACAGGGCAGAGCUAUUGAAGAUGUCGACAAUUCGAUUGAGAAUACCGGUGAAGGUGAUGGUGAAGGACAAACGGAGAAACAGCGUUCACCCUUCGAGCAUGACUGGAUCAAAUUCGCUAAGAAACCACCAACUAAAUUGUUGCAGACGUUCGGUCAGCCAGUUGAGAUUGCCUGUGAAGUGAUGGGCUCACAAGUGCCCACGAUACAAUGGGUUGUGGGACAUUUGCCAUUGUCUGAGAUCGACAGCGUUGAAUCCAAUGUUAUAUCCGAAUCAUCAGCGAGUGCCAUCGUGCGUGUACGUUCUGUACAUGUCAUCGAUCAUAUGUUGAGUGAGGCACGCACCUAUACAUGUGUCGGUCGCACCGGUGCCAAGACCAUUUACAGCUCCACAAUUGUCUAUCCACAAGCGGACAUGAAGGAGCUGAUGCAAGUGCGCGAUAAACCAUUCUCUGGCCCACAGAAACCACGCAUUGUCUACCACGAAAAACUCCAUUUGGACUUGGUCGACUCGAAUAUUGUAUUGCCAUGCAAGGUGCAUGCUCGUCCACGUGCUGAGGUCUUCUGGAUGAAUGGCGAAGGCAAAUUAAUUGAACCAAAUCAUCGUUUCAAAAUUUUACCCUCCGGUGAUUUGCUACUCUCAAAUAUCAAGUGGGAAGAUAUGGGCGCCUACAGGUGUAUAGCACGUAAUGCUAUGGGCAAGGAUACUGCGGAUACGUUUGUCUAUCCAGUACUUAAAGAAGACAAAUAAACCAAUUGUGGAUAUGUGAAAAUGUCGUCUCCCCACCCACCUAAAACAAACACACACACACACGAAACAUUACACAAGGCAGUUGUACGUAUGUAAAUGAAUGCACACGAACAUAAAAAACGGUUCCUAAGUGAAAUAUGAUACCAUUGUAUUGUACGUUUUAUUAUAGAUAGUUAAAAUGCCUGCAAAGGUGCUACCCCAUAUUUGCGUAUGCUUUUUAUAAAAUACAAAAGCAAAAAAAAAUAUAUAAACUUAAAAAAAA